UUCAUCCUGGCCCGGUGCACCCCGAACGACGUCCCGCAAAUGGUGUCUGUCUACCUAUCCGCAUUCAUCGACACCAAGUUUAACUGGUGGUGGUCCCCAACGCUCGACGCCAUGCGCCGGUGGACGGAGCGGCGCUUCGUGGGCAAGUUCGCGGAGCCGUCGGCACACCACUUCAAGGUCGUGGACACGGAGACGGGAAAGCUGAUCGCGUGGUCAAGGUGGAAUGUACCCAAAGAUAUGAAGGGUAUGGCGGUUGGUUUUCAGACCUAUGGUGAAGAGACAAAGGAAGAUUUGGGGAUACCGGAGGGGGCGGACGAAAGGUUGCACCACGAGUUCUUCGACGGGAUCCAUCGGAUGAGCGCCAAGUGGAGGGCGAGCGAGAAAUUGGGUCUCUCGGUACUGUGCACUGAUCCGGCCUACCACCGCCGUGGUGCUGCUAAGGCUCUCAUUGGGGCCGUCUUACCGAUUGCGGAUGCGGAGGGCUGCACAACGUACUUGGAGGCAUUAGAAAAUGCAACAGCAGUGUAUGAGCUGUAUGGGUUCAAGACGGUCGACGAGCUGGAGUACGACUUGACCAAGGCUGGUCGAGAGGGCAAGGCGCGGAUAAACAUCAUGUUGCGUGAGCCG